AGGCUAAAGCGACAACGUGCAAAGAAGCUAUUCAAAGAUGGGAGGAAAAAACAGGAUUAAUCGCAAGCGAACAAAAAGAAAUAAUUUUGUCCUUCCAGUGGCCUCCAAUCGAGAGAAUGGAUAAUAAUUUGGCGACGUUAAUCAACGUCGAGUUUGUUGUCCUUUAAUGAAUUAAUAUUAACACGAAACAUUAAUAUCCUCGGGGAAUACAUCGAUUAAAUAAUUUCCUUAAAACGUUUCCAGAAAAUUAUCUUUGUCAACAAAUAUGAUUGAAAAGAUCAGUGGCAUUAAUUCGUUGAAAUAUUUGAAGAUCUUAUCCCUGAGUAGAAACAACAUUAAAACGUUCUCAGGAUUAGAGGCGAUUGGAGAUCAUUUGGAGGAAUUAUGGAUUUCUUAUAAUUUGAUUGAAAAGAUCAAAGGCGUCAAUGCUCUCAAAGCGCUCAAGGUCUUGUAUAUGGGCAAUAAUCUGGUGAAAGAUUGGGCGGAAUUUAAUCGUUUGCAAGAAAUACCCAAUCUUCAAGAUUUGUUAUUCAUUAACAAUCCUAUAUGCGAGAACAUGGACGCGGAAUCGUGGCGUGCGCAAGUUGUAAAACGAUUGCCUACCUUAAAAAAAAUCGAUGCGAUACCAAUAGUGUAUGCCAUGUGUUUCUUGAUUUUAUCUUUUAUAGAGCCACGCGAUGCCACUUUUAAACAUAUUGUAAAGCUUUUCUUUCUCUUCCAGCCGUGCAGGUGAAGAUUAAACUAAACUAUUAAAAGUAGAGAAUGUUAGCCGAAAUAGGUAUUUGCUUUGAUGAAAAUAAUAGUAAAUAUAAAAUUUAUAUUUACAUAGUGCAAGUUAGUUGGACAAUAAAAUCUUUGUUACAAUGGCAUGUGAUGAUUUAAAAUGGA